AUCCCUUUGAGUAGCCAUCUGCAUCGCCUCGAAGCUAGAGCCACGAAGGCUAAUUAGCUGUGCUUCUCCGCUUUUGAUCCAUGAGCGUACAUAUACAGCAAAUCCUACACUAAUCCUCUCAGUCCUUGCCAUCAGUUUUGCAGCUUAUUCUCAUCUGCCUAGCUUGUAACGAGCAGAAAUAACUCGCCGUUUUGUUUGCUGUGAGCAAGUAGAUCAACCUAGCAAGCUAGCAACUAGAGAUCAGCCAUUGAUUUGGGCCAGGAAAUGGAAUCGGCGUUGUACAAGGCGGCGACACAGGGUAAGGUGGAGAGGCUGAGGCAGCUGGUGGUGGGUGACCCAAGUAUCCUGAAGUCUAUGACGGCGCACCACGACACCGCGCUGCACCUCGCCGCAUGGCAUGGCCACGUCGAGUUUGCCCGUGAGGUCCUGGACUGGGACGAGGAGCUUUUCGUCGCCCGGAACGACGACGGCAACACCCCACUGCACCUGGCGGCCAAGGCCGGCAGGCUGGAGGUGGCGGAACUGCUCGUCCGCUACGCCGUGGCGUGGCCGCAGGACGAGAUCAGCAGGCCUCUGUCUAUGACCAACUAUCUGUCUAUCACCAACUAUGCAGGCAACUCUGCGCUGCACGAGGCGGUGCGGAACCGCAUGGUCUCUGUGGCGGUGGCUCUGCUGAGCGCCGACCCCAGCGGCGGCUACGCCCUCAACGCGCGGAUGGAGUCGCCGCUGCAAAUAGCCGCCCGCGAGGGUCUCUUCCACGUCGUCCAAAGGAUCCUUGAUUACAGUUGGGUCGAGCAGGAGUACAUGCCCUCUCCCAGCGGCACGGCUCUGCACCAGGCCGUGCUCGGUAAUAACCGCCGUAUCGUGGCGAUUCUGCUGGAGAAGCGACCUCAUCUGAUCGACCUGACUGAUGCCCACGGCAACAACGCCCUCCACUACGCGGCAGAGAAGAACCACCCGCAUGCAGUGGAGGUACUACUCAGAAAGCGGAUGGAGCUGGCCCACAUGAGCAACGGCGAGAGUAUGCCCCCCCUGCAUGUCGCCGUGCACUACGGCUCGACGGACGCCAUCAAGGCGCUGCUCCGGAUCUGCCCCGACGUGGUGGAUGGGUACGGCCGCAACGCCUUCCAUGCCUCCGCCACCUUCGGCAACACGCACUCGCUCAGAUGGCUACUCCGCCAUGUCCGCCCCGCGGAACCGCUCAACCGCGUCGACAUAGGCGGCAACACACCUCUGCACAAAGCUGCCUCGAUGAGCCAUGUCCAGUGCGCGCUGCUGCUGCUCCGGGACCGCCGCGUCGACCCCUGCAUCCGCAACCACAACGGCCAGACGGCGCGCAGCCUCCUCGAGACCAAGUUGGCCACCGGCGAGAUGAACACCUACGAGAUGGAGCUCCUGAAGCAGCUCAAGCAGCAAGAGUCCCUAAGGUGCCGCAUGCAGAAUGUGCCGCCCGCUGUCCCCGUCAGACGCAGGCCGCUCAGCAAUAAGGACUUCGACAGUGUCGUUGACUCCUACUUCCUCGCCGCAACCCUUAUCACCACCGUCUCCUUCGCCGCCACCUUCACCAUGCCCGGUGGUUAUGACCAGACCAGCGGCAUCACCCUCCAUGCUCACAGCACCGCGUUCAGGACCUUCGUGGUCUCCAAUACAGUCGCCAUGUGCAGCUCCAUCGUCGUCAUCUUCUUGCUCAUCUGGGCCAGGCAGGAGCCCGUCAAGCUCAGGCUCCACAACCUCUUCUGGAGCCAAAUCCUCACUGUCAUCGCCUGCCUCUCUAUGCUCCUCUCCCUCAUGACCACUGUCUACAUCACCGUAGCGCCAAAAGCCCCGUGGCCUGCCUACGCCGUCAUAGCCAUCGCUACCAGCAGUCCAGCCCUCUUCUUCAUUAUUACCUGGAUAGGGACAUGGUGAUCUAUGUCCGCUACAAACACUAGUAAGAUCAACAUUGUCACUGCUACAGCAAUUAUAUUUUUACAGCCGGAUGGUAACCCAUUUCUUAAGACGUUUGUAUACCAGCUUGAGGUCCCGUGACCUUUUUCGCCCUUGCGUGACUACUGCCGGCCCUUACCAUCUCAGAUAUCACUCACUGCUGGUAGUAACACGUACGAUACAUACUUCUUUGGACCCUUCAUGACAGAAAGUUUCUUAAAUUAUUUUGAAAUCUAAAUGACUUCAAAUAGAAAUAUGUCAACUACAAAGUUAUAGAUAUCGUCGAGAGCAAUAUCUCUUGUAAAAAAAUUCUCUUCUAAAUAAAUAUAAGUACUUUUCCCCA